UCGAUUGUGUUUGAAUAAAAGGAAGCGGUUUCUCGAGAGGUUCAUUGUUAAGCAACACCAUGCAUUGUUUCGUCAUCGUUUUGUUUUGUUUGUUUAUUAACGGAAGUAUCGCGACGCCGGUUCGCAAGUUUGAGAAGAUACGAAAUGACGUCGAUCGAGUGCGUAAUAUACGAGAGAAUAUCGUCCAUGACGUCAGUACGUUUAUUCAAAAGAAGAGCACCCACGUUCAGGGUGAGAUGACAACCAAAUGCUCCGCUUGUAUCUUCCUUGUUAAUUACGAGAAGAUGAGGUUGGAGGAAGAUCCAUCCUCGAUGGAGGAGUUAGGAGAAAUGGUUGAAAAGGGAUGCGAGUAUUUUAGGAUUGAGACACCCAGGAUUUGUAAAGGGGCUUACUCCAUAUUUGGUCCCGAAGCAACUGCUGUGCUCACACAGGUUGACUUAUCAGCAGAAUCUAUAUGUGGAAUCUGCCUCCCUUACUUCUGCCCCGACAUACCAGAUGCAAGAAACUCAGGCAACCGUUCUGAUUGGUUGGUUAGUUUACCUCCGUUGCGAAGGAAACGAACGUGGAAAUCGAAUAUUAUGGAAAUUCCAACAAAAACACUAAAGAUUCUCCAUCUAAGCGACGUACAUAUAGACCUUCAAUACAAGGUUGGUAGCAACGCUGUGUGUAAUGAACCUCUAUGUUGCCGCUCACAAGGUGGCGAUAAAGUACCGACAAUAAUUGAUCCUAUAAGAGGGGAAGCACCCAUGACUAAGAAGAUAAAUGAAACAAACAAAGCGUGGAAGUGGGGGGACUAUAGAACAUGUGACCUUCCAUGGUGGACAGUCAACGACAUUUUACAAAAACUUUCAAAAACAAACCAAGAAGAACCCUUUGACUACAUCCUAUGGACAGGAGACGUACCAGCGCAUGAUGUGUGGUCACAAAACCGAUUGAACCAGCUGUAUAUGUUACACAACAUUACAUCACUGCUGGUUCAAUAUUUCCCCAAUACUCCAGUGUUUCCAGCUGUGGGAAACCAUGAUAGUUUUCCUUCUAAUAAUUUCCCACCAGCAUCGGUCAACACUGGUGCUGCAUAUUCGGCACAGUGGUUUUAUAAUGCAUUGUGGAAAGCAUGGAGUGUAUGGCUGCCUUCAUCAACAAAGGAGACUAUAGAACUUGGAGGAUUCUAUUCUACACUUGUUAAACCAGGCUUCCGUAUCGUAUCUCUUAACACAAACUUUUGCUACACUGAGAACUGGUGGGUGUGGUUGGACCCAGUGGAUCCGAGUGGUAAGAAUGAAUGUUUAAGUAGUUUAUUAAUAUCAUGGUAUAACUUCUAAUAAGUACUGUUGUUU